ACGAGGCCUACUCGUACUCUUGACCAAACGCCGGCCGAGUGGUCCACGACGAGUACUGGCUCGUUCAUGUCUUCUCUGACAACUCAGACAGUAACUACCAAAGUUUCUGGCUCGAACGAAAGUCACGGUCUCGACACCGGUAAUUCCACGAUCAUCCCUACUUCACAUGGGAAAGGUGUGCGUGCAGAUAAAGAAUUCUCUGCGUCUGUCAAUCAUCAUGACGUAUCACAACCCAUGUUCGACAAUCGUCACACUCAUGAUGAUCGUUUUGUACCCACUUCUCCUCCAGGUGAGAACAAUCGUAUACCUUUUGGUCAUGGCAUCGAGUAUUCGUUCGCGGCUAUUCAAACCACAGGAGGAAAGACUUCAUCCUCAUUUCGUCCCCGUAACAAAUCUACCAAACGCUCGGUUACUUUUCAACCAACCACUGUCACGAUUCAUCAACCUCUCCCUACGACAAACACUAAGCAAGCACCUCUUCUCGUGAAUUUACACAAAGACAACGUCACUGUCGAAUCCGCCGAUGAUGAAAAACUUGAAGAGGAAGAAGAUGACAUCACUCAUCCGGAAUGGAAGACAGUCAUGCUGAAAGCUCAUGAUCUACCCAGCUACACUCGUCACUCUGCUAUCGAACAUGUAACUCAACUCUUGCGACACGGUCCUCCUUUACAUUUCAUUGAUCGGGAUGGCAAAACUCAAAUCGUAGACAUGGAAAAAGUUCAG